AUGCCUCCUGGGCCGGAAAACCCACCGCUUUUCUGUGGUGAGAUGGUGAUACUUGCGUUUGUCGUGACAGUGAACUGGUGUGUCCCUGCCCCUUCUGGUAGUGGUGGGUUUUUCUGGCGUGGUAGCCGCUGGGAAGCCAAGCACAUCAGACGGCCUCAGUCCUGGUCUCGCCCGCUACUAGGAUCACCUCUAGGCUGGGCUGAGAAUCCAGACUGUGUGCUAUCAGGAGGUACGAGGGAGCAAGCUCCCCCGGCUCCCAAUGUGAGGGCCACUAGGGUCCGACGCCCUCGCCCUACCUCCAAGCCGGUCAUAUCCCAGGCAACAAGAUUCAUUCUGCACAAGGAGGUUUUCCAAAAAGAAACCCAGACAACAAAAGCAGCCGCCAAACGCCAAACGCCGAAAGCAAAACAAAUGCAAACGCAGAAGUGCAAAACGCCAAACGCCAAACGCCAAAAGCAAAAAAGCAGCGCAAAACGCAAACGCAAGAAGUUGAAGACAGGAGGAGUUGGUGUGGCCGAGAUGCAUGCCCCAGACGGGUCAGAAGACCGGGAGGAGAAAGUCGAGAUUGCCAACAACUCCAGAGAGAGGAGGGGGGCAUGCCAAAGGCCGAGAGUUGCGCGCGCGCCCGAGAAGUGA